AAAAUCUGAGCUCUUUAAACCAUCCUGUCUUUUGGGGUCAGAGUGGAGAGAUGGUUGACAGUCCGAUUGGAAGCUUUUAUGUCGACAGAGACGUUUGAGAAGUUUAAAUAGACACCCUCUGCUCCAAUAACCUGUAGCACCAUCCUGUGCUCGUCUCGUUUCAAAGAUUGCGCCCUAAAAGUCUCCCAAGUGACACUAGCGUACCGUUUUCUGGAGUUGCUGCCCCCCUCCCCACGUCUUCUCCUGUUGCUUCCCGUGGUGUUUGUCACGAUGCCCAGGAAGUCAGCAGGCUAUUUCAGUCGCGUGGAGCAGAGUCCCGAGUUCUCAUGGAUCGGGAAGGGCUUACAGCUGGAGAGAAGACUGAAAGACCGUCUUUAUUACAGUGGUUUCCAGCAUGGUGACAUCACAGUAUCAAAGGGAGACUUUGUGUAUGUGGAGAAUGCUGACUCUGUGGACCCAGGCGACCAUUUUGUAGCCAAAGUGAGGGCCUUAUAUGACACAGGUGAUGAUGAUGAUAGUUGCCAUGUGGCUGUUGUACAAUGGUACAUGUGGUACAAAGAAGUCCCCGCUGGCAAGAGAAGGUUGGUACAGUCCAACGACUCGCGGGAGGUCUUCGAGUACACCAACAAGCGUGUUGACACGGACAUCGACGCUGAAACCAUCUGUGGCCGAUGCCAGAUUGUGACGAUCAGCACAAAUGAUGACCCUGAUGAGGCUAUUGAAGAAGAGGACACGGAGCUGGAUGUCUUGUUUGCCCGCUAUGCCUUCAACGGGGAUGUUUUCACUGCGAUCAUGCCUCCAGUCAAAGAAUAUUCUAAGACACCCUCCAAGACUCCUUCAAAACAGCAACCCAAAACUCCAGCCCAAACACCAUCAAGGUCAACACGGUCAAGGGCAUCCAGAGACGAUGACAACAACAACAAGUCACGAAAAUCUGCAGGAAAGACGCCAGCUAAGACUCCUCGGAAGUCAGACUCCAAGGCUGAUGGGAAAAUGUCCAGAACUCCUGCUAGGUCAAAGGUCAGGGAGUCUGGAGGAAGUGACAUGAAAACUCCCCGGAAAGAGAGAAGUGAAGGCUCCGGUCACAGGGGAGAGACACCAGCUAAGAAAGUCCAUCUGGUUUCACCAAAGAACAGGUCCUUUUCAACCACCGAUGUUCUGGACAUCCUGACUUCCCCUGAGCCAGAUGUCUUCUAUGUGGAGUCUGAUGAUGAAGACAGCAGCAGCAGUGAUGAUGAUGAUGAUGAUGAUGAUGGUAAUGAUGGUGAAGCCAGGGCCAUGAGAAGGGCUCUCUCACCAGAUGGUGCAACACCUGCAAGGAAAAGCAACAGACAGGCACUGAAGAAAGCCGCACGGGACAGAAGGGGAGACCUGUCUAAGGACCCUGCACCUGUGACAAGCAAGAGGACGAGAUUUAGCGGAACAAACGACAAGAUUGAGAAAACACAGAGGACCCAAAUCAGAAAUGAUGCCAAAUAUCCAAAAACUCCUCGGCAAAGGAAAGAACCAAUGGGAGUUCUAGAGCAAGCCAGGGCUAGGCUCCAUGUAAGUGCAGUUCCUGAAUCCCUGCCCUGCAGAGAGUUGGAGUUCGGUAACAUCUACUCCUUUGUGGAGGGCAGACUGCUGGAUGGGACUGGAGGGUGCAUGUACAUAUCCGGAGUGCCGGGGACGGGAAAGACCGCGACCGUGCACGAGGUUCUGCGCUGCCUCCAGGAGGAAGUGGACGACAGUAACCUGCCCGAGUUCCAGUUUGUCGAGAUUAACGGCAUGAAACUGACCGACCCACACCAGGCUCACUCCCAGAUACUCAAGGCCCUGACAGGACAGAAGGCCACUCCAGAACACGCAGCAGAGAUUUUAGACAAGAGGUUCAACACUCCAGCCCCACGGAGAGACUCCACAGUGCUGCUGGUGGAUGAGUUGGACCUCCUGUGGACCAGGAAGCAGAGUGUCAUGUACAACCUGUUCGACUGGCCCACCAGGCCGCAGGCCAAGCUCAUUGUGCUGGCCAUCGCAAACACCAUGGACCUGCCUGAGAGAAUGAUGAUGAACAGGGUGUCCAGCCGUCUGGGGCUGACUCGGAUGACGUUCCAGCCCUACACGUUUCGACAGUUGCAAGAAAUCGUCAUGUCACGCAUGAAAGGCCUUCAGGCUUUUGAAGAUGAUGCCAUACAGCUUGCUGCUAGAAAGGUUGCCGCAGUGUCUGGCGAUGCCCGUAGAGCGCUGGACAUCUGUCGACGUGCGACGGAGCUAGCAGAGCUGGCCAAGACGCCGGGUCGCAAGUCAGCAGCCUUAGUGAACAUGACUCAUGUGGACACCGCUGUUCAGGAGAUGUUCUCUUCACCCAAGAUCAUGGCCAUAAGACAUGCAUCACUUCAGGAGCAAUUAUUCCUCAAGGCUGUCGUCGCAGAGUUCCGACGAUCUGGGCUGGAAGAAGCUACUUUUCUACAGGUCUCCCAGCAGCAUGAGUGCCUGUGUAGGCUGGAUGGUGUGUCUGUCCCGACCAUGUCCCAGCUGUCAGGUGUCUGCUCUACCCUGGGUGCCAGCCGCUUGCUCCUGGUGGAGGCCGGGAAGAGCGACCUCAGCCAACGUGUUCGUCUGAACGUCAGUCAGGACGACGUCAUGUAUGCACUCAGGGACACCAGUCAGAGCUAGAUCUUCAGUCAGUGCCUUCAGUAGUUUGAACAAGUUCAUAUAUAGAAUCAACAUUUACAUUGGACUGACUGACUGAUUCAGCCAAUGUGUUCGCCUGAACAUCAGUCAUGACGACGUCAUGUACGCACUUAGGGACACCAGUUUAAGCUAGAUCUUCAGUGCCCUCAGUAGUUUGAAGGAGUUCGUUUAUAGAAUCGACAUUUUUCAUUGGACUGACUGAGCGAUGUCAGCCAACGUGUUCGCCUGAAUGUUAGUCAGGACGACGUCAUGUACGCACUUAGGGACACCAGUCAAAGCUACAUCUUCAGUGCCCUCAGUAUUUUAAAGAAGUUCAUAUAUAGAAUUGACAUUUUUAUUGGUUCUGGUCUGUUACUUGAACUUUACAAGACCUUCAGUAGUCCCAUGUUGUUGAUAGCCAAAACACAAUCAGGAAUGUUCAUUAGAAAAGAUUAGAUAACUCCUUCAUCAAAAGUUUUUGUUUUAGAAUUUAGAUUUUAAUAAAUCCACCUUUACAAAGGCAAGUGAAAUUAUUACAAAGGAAGGAUGCAUUUACAUGUUCUUCGGGUUUUGUGGCUUACGGUGUGUUUGAAUGGUAGGAUAGUGUAAAUAUUGUUUUAACACUUUUAUUUGUUUUAUCCUUAACAUCAUCGCCAUUUAAAGCACUGUAUUUUAAUUCACUUCAUACACAUUUGUUUUUGUUUCAUCAGAUGGGUUUCAGUAAAACUGGUAAUUGUCUUAGUUUCAUGAAUCUUUUUUUACUAUUUUUUAAGAAUGUUUUUUUAGUCUAUUGAUACAUUUCAUUGUUACAUGAGUAGUUGGAAUAAAUGGGUUUCUUUGAAAACCAUAGGCAAUGAAACCCAAAAUGCAGUAAUGAGUAUUGACAAUGCAGUUUAUGAUGUAUUCAUGAGUCGUGCGUCUCACAGGCCGAUAUGUGGUUUUAAAAUAAAUGCUGUGUCACUUCUUUCCGUA